AUGGCGACCUCAGAUGCCCAGGUCAACCGCGUGGAAGAUACAAUUGCCGGCUGGUGGUCUAAGCAAUACUAUGAAAUUUUUAUUGGCAAAGCCACGACAUUUGAAUCCUUGACACCGAUCUCUCACAAAUACCUGGCCUAUCUCGGAUUCGAGCCGCCGAACCCAAAGGAGUCCCUGACUGCGGCGCUCAAGAUCACAAAAUCUCGCAAAAGGCGGAGGCGUCCUGGACGCGUGGAGCGGAACGUGGUCAUGUGCUACGUCCUGGGCGCUCCCGGCUCAGGCAAGUCGUCCUUGCUCAAUGCCUUCCUCAACAGGCCGUAUGAGCCCUUGCACUAUCCUACCAUCAAGCCGCGCCGCGCCGUGAACAGCGUCGAACUUCCCGGGGGCCGCCAAGUAUACCUCAUCCUCGAGGAGCUCGGCGAGCUCGAGCCAGCGAUUCUGGAAAACAAGACCAAGCUAGAUGCGUGCGACCUUCUCUGUUACGCAUACGACUCCUCCGACCCCGACUCCUUUUCGCACAUUGUCGACAUGCGCGCCAAGCACCCGCAUCUGGAUGAGCUGCCAUCCAUCUACACCGGCCUCAAGGCAGACAAGGACAAGACGACUCAACGCAGCGAGCUGCAGCCCGACGAGUACACGGCCUCGCUCAACCCGAGCAGUGCAUUUCCCAAGAUGCAGUGUCUAUUCAGCCUGGGAAAGAGUGUGGGACAAUCCCGGAUCUUGACAGGGCUGCUGUAA